AUUAUUUUUAUUAUAUUCUAGCAGUUGUUUGGGUGUUAUUUUAGUAGUAACUUUUACGUUAAUGUCAAAUUAUUGUAUAGCCAUCAGCUUUAUGGUUGUCUCCGACCAAAAGAACAGCGAAACUGUUGUUUUUACAUUUGUCAUCGUAUUUCAGAGUUUUAUUUCCUGAUAAACAAGUGAAAGAAUGUUCAUCAUCCUACAUUAGGGACUAAUUUGGCGUCCAAUAAAAAACUGUCUUUAAAUUUUAUGUUCCUCCCCUAUGACUAUAAAGCCAAACAAAAAGCAAAUGUGUUUACAACUCUAACUGAUUUGUUGCUCAGUACGAGCUCCUUGUGACUUCAGGAUUGGAAUAAGACCAGCAGCAAUUCAGAGUUCGUGGAUGAUACAGCUAAACUGGUUUCUUAUACUAACUGGACUACAAAGAAUAUAAACCUAUUGAGGCUUUCAAAAUACGCAGAACUUUGAGUGCAAGUCCAUUAAGAAAACAUUAUAUUUGACAUUAACAUGUCAGACAUUAUGCUCAACCUUUGCUCCGCUGAUGGCAGCUCACAAGGAACAAGACCAGCAGGAAACAAGAAGAGGAAAAACCAGUUGUUUCAGAGAAAGAUGCAACACUUAGCGGCAAAGGGCUACCUGAAAGAUAAACAAAAUCAUCCCCGCUACAAGAGACAUGACCAAACUCCAUGCCAGAAUGGAGAACCCACAACGUCUUCCUUUACUGUCACACAUAACAAAAGUUUACCUCAUCUAGCCAGCGCUGCCAGUACCUCUUUCUCUUCACCUUCAACAUCUGCUCACAUCCUGCCUUCAGUUACUAUCACUGUGAACAGCAAAGGCAGCCAUGAAAUGCCAAAAGAACCUGUGGACACAAAAACUGCACCUGGCCCCAAACCUUCAAUAUCAGGCUUCCAUAAACCCACCACCUCUUCAGCAGGGAACCCCACUAAGUACCUUGCUAUUGACUGUGAGAUGGUAGGUUCAGGACCGAAAGGCAGCAUCAACCAGCUUGCACGCUGCAGUAUAGUGUCCUAUGAAGGAGAUGUUGUUUUUGAUAAGUUCAUCAAACCAUCAAUGCCUGUUACGGACUACCGCACACGAUGGAGUGGUAUUCGACCGAGAGACCUCAUCAAGGCCAUGCCAUACUCAGAGGCCAGGAAGGAGAUUCUGAAACUGCUCAUUGGGAAGGUGGUCAUUGGCCACGCCAUCCACAAUGACUUCAAGGCCCUCCAUUACACUCACCCUAGUGUCAUGACCAGGGACACAUCCCGAAUCCCUCUGCUCAACCUGAAGGCCGGCUUCGCUGAGAAUGAGUGCGCUUCACUGAAGAGACUCACAAAAGCUAUUUUUAACCGUGACAUCCAGACUGGGAAGAAGGGCCACUCGUCUGUGGAGGACGCUAAAGCCACUAUGGAGCUUUACAAAGUGGUGGAAGAGCAAUGGGAGAGGACUCUUGUCACCAAAUCAAUGGCCUCUUAGUGCCAGUUUUGGGUAGAAAAUAUAGAAAUUAAGUUAAACAAUUAUCUUAAAUUUGCCAACCCCAGUGAUAAAUCUUUUAAAAUCCCCAUAUGGUGUAUUUGGUAUACUAGAAUAAAAAGUAGUCAGAGCAAAAUGCUGAGCAUGUGCACCUUGAAACUUCAGGUUGUCACUGACAGUUUCAUGAAAAAGUAUUCCUACAGCAGGUUGUGAAACAAUGUGGGACUCAAAGUUGGCCAUCGGGAACAUGGUUAGUCCAACAUUAGCAACACUUUAUUGUUUUUUCUGGUUCAGACAAGCACAAGAGUCAAGACAACGUAUAUACAGGUUCUGUAUAUUAGAUUAGGUAAAGGUAUAGAAUGACAUCAGAAUAGCUUGAGGGGAUUAUUUCUCUGUAUAUUUUCUACAUGUUUAAUUUUGAAGAAUAGCGAUUAGUUUUUAAGCAUAUAAAAUGCUCAGUUUAAGUCUGUACUAAUGAUGGGAGAAGCGUUGUUGUGAGAAUCCACACAUAUAAACUACUACAUUCUUUCUCAGGAUUUACAUUAAUUUAAAAUGGUGCUCUUGCCACUUGGGGGCAGUGGUGUCUUUCCAGCAGCAAAUGUUCAUAAUGGAAUCAGUUUACUCCUCAACAUCUGAAAGAUUGGUUUGAAGUCAUCACAAGGCAGAUAUUCAGAAGCAAGUCAGGAGGUUCUGUUGUCUUACAAUACAUGUGUGUAUUGUCCUCUUCUUGCAGUCUGAUCACUGAUGAUGAAGAAAUUUUACUUGCAUGCUUCAAAGAGAUAAAUAUUUUAAAGAAAAUAUGUUUUAGACUUUGUCAUACUGUUCAAAUUUAUGCAAUCAGUUAUGUUCAGGGCUACAGGAGGAAUUUUAGAAAAAGUCAAGAGUCCUGCAUGUAACUUACGAAUUUAACUUCUUUUAAUUAUUCAGUAAUUUCAUUAUGUUCAUUUUUUUCUAAUGCAGUAUAAAACAUUCACUUUUGACAAAUGCUGGUAAUAUACUUACAAUAUGAAAAAUCAUGAUUUAGAAAUGGAGUAUGUUCAAACAUAUUUGAAGCCUGAAUUUUUAGGUAAACAGGUUAAAAAAAGGCUGAUAAUGACGCAUCACUUUGAGAUUUUCAUUGAAGUUCAAAGUAACUUGCACUAGUGGAUUUUAAAAACCCACUUACACUGCAUGAUAUGAGGAAAUUAUUUCAUGGUCCCGUCGGAAGCUACUGUCCUGGUGAUCUUUACGUUUUCCUGACAGAAGUGACCACCAAUGUCCUAGAGUUCGGUGAUUAUCGGAACUCUUCAGUCUCUCGAUCUAAGCCUGUUGCCAAAGUUAAGUUUAACUUGCUGUUAAAGUGCUUGCUUUAUUUUGUUCAGUUUCUUGUCCAUUGUCUCACAAAUUUAAUUUUGCUUCAUACAUUCAUCUUUGUCUUACAUUCAAUAAAUCAUUACCAAAUCA